GAUGCGUGCCAUCCGCAACACUUGCCCAUGGAGUUGAGGCCACUUUUCUGUAUGAUUGCCCUUUCUUAUCUUAACAUUUUAUCAGGUUUUAAUAUUACUUGCCAAAAGGAUCAGUGGCAAUGUGAUGAAGGUUCGUGUAUUCGACAGUCCUGGCGGUGCGAUGGUGGUUAUGACUGCAUCGACGGAUCGGAUGAACUGGACUGCAUGUGUAGCCCAGGCGAGACGGAGUGUGCAGACGGAUCUGGCUGUGUGAAGGCGUCCUUGGUGUGCGAUGGUGUGGCCCACUGUUCGGACGGCUCAGAUGAACGAAUGUGCGCUCAGAAUGUACAAUGUCUCCUGAAUGACUGGACAUGCAGAAACGGCCUCUGCAUUCCAAUUGAACAAAGAUGUAAUGGACAGAACGAUUGCGCGGAUGAUUCUGAUGAAGAGGCCUGUGGGCCUUGUGGGGACCCCAGACUCCGCUGUCCUGACGGGGUUUGUUUGACCGCCUCCGAGAGGUGUGACAAAAUCAAGCAGUGUUCAGAUGGCAGAGACGAACCGACCUCAUGUGGGAAGAAGUGUUCAGAGAGGAAUGGAGGCUGCAGCCAUGCGUGUGUGGAUCAGCUGUGGGGAGCAGAGUGCCAUUGUCCAGCUGGCAUGCUCCUCUCUGCCGAUGGAGUCAAAUGUGAAGACUUGAACGAAUGUGCCCAGCCCUACGGUCCAUGCCAGCAAACGUGUCUCAACACCCCAGGCUCCUUCGUUUGCGCCUGCCGAGAUGGCUUCAAGGAGCAGGGCAAUGCCUGCCAAGCCAAAGAGAAUGCCACCAAGCUUCUGACCAGCAGAGAGGGAGGCAUUGGGCUGCUGAACCUGAAAACAAGGAAGUUUGAGAACCUCUUCACUGUCGAUGGUGCACCGGUAGACAUCACGUAUGAUAUGGCGCGAGGGUUUGUUUACUGGGCUGAUGAGAGGGGCAAUAUCUACAAGGCACAAGGCAACAAAGUCCGCACCCUCUACAGUGGGCAAGUGGGAAUUGGAAGCCUUGUAUGCGACUGGCUGAAUGGCCAUCUGUACUGGACCAGCACCGACACCAAGUCUGUGUUUGCGGCCAAAAAUGAUGGCAGUGGCAUAGCAGUAGUCAUCUCUAAGGAUGGCACUCCUCUCGACAUGGUCCUGUUGCCCUCAGAGAGAACCAUGUUUUGGAUGAACAAAGGUGAAAAUAAAGAAAUGAGCAUUGAGAAAGCGGGCAUGGAUGGAUCGAAGAGGGUUUCCCUGGUGGUGAUCACAGCGGAGAUGCCAAGAGGACUCACUUUAGAUGUGGCUUCCAGACGCCUCUACUGGAUCAGUGAUUUCAAAAUGUCGAUAGAGACCAUCAAAUGCGAUGGCAGCGGGCGCUAUACAUUCUGGGAUGUCUUCAAAGGCCGUACGGUUCGUGCCUUGGCCGCGUUUGAAGGCCUUUUCUACUGGGCCGAUGAGAAGUACCUCUGGCAGAUCGACCCCAAAGUGCCCAAGGAGAGCAAGUUCAUCGUCAAAGCCACCUCACCCCUCAUCACGGUCUAUCAUAGUCUUCAGCAGCCCCAAGAUGCCCCUGCAGCCUGCGAUGCCAGCCGGUGCCCCCUGUGUCUGUUGUCUAAUAUGGAGCCGGUGGGCUAUACCUGCGCCUGCCCACAGUCACUUCUGCCAUUGCCAGAUGGAGCGUGCACAUAUUUUAAGAUGGUUUAUGCCACAUCAACCACUAUGUACAUGGUGGAGGUUCAAGAGCAGAAAAACGCCAAGAAGUUGCUUUUGAGGACCACGGAGGACAUUGAGUCUUUUGAUGUUGACUGGAGAAGUGGCGCCAUCGUGUGGACAAAUGGAACGGGGCACCUGAAAGGCCAGUGGCUCAGUGGUGGGGAGUCUGUGCACAUCUCAACCCCUACCCCUGUGUGCAUGGUGCGGGUGAGCCAGCAGACGGGCAACCUCCUCUGGCGCUCCUGUGACUCGCACUCCUUUGGCGUGACUGUAGCCAGCAUCAGCCUCCCGGAGCACAGCUACUCCAAGACCCUGUACCAGACCCAGCGGGAGGUCAAGGACCUGUAUGUUGACUGGAAGAGGGGACGCCUGUAUUGGCUGGAGGAGGGCUGUGUGCGGAGCAUGAAGCUGGGCCUGUCCGGAGGGGACACUCUGACCGUUUUCUGCAUGGGAACGCAGUCCUCCGGCCACCUGGCCUUUGACAGAGCAUCCAACGCUUUUCUCUGGAACUCACUCUCAGGGUUACAGAUUACGAGUCUCUUGAAGGUGAAGACCCAUUCGCUGGGGCCCAGCUGGAGCCUCCCCGGCUCCAUAGAGGCGGUGUCUGAUCCCUACAUAGUCUCCUAUGCCAAGAACACCCUGUCCCUGUGGGGCCGCAGACAAGGAGCACAUGUGGCCGAUGUCCCCAUUGAGAAGGGCCUCGUCAGGGUGGUGGUGGCGGAACUGGAGCUGAUGUCAGGUGAUGCAGCAGUAGCAAGUCAGGAGCCGAGCUGCAGGUUCCCCUCAGUGCUGUGUGAGGGCUCGUCUGUCUGCAUCUCCCAGAGCCAGCUGUGCGACGGCAGGAGAGACUGCCCUGAUGGAUUUGAUGAGAAAAACUGUUUAAAGAGAUGCCCCAACCCAGCGGAUUUCCUGUGUAAGGACAGGCGCAAGUGUAUCGAGAGGAAUCGGGUUUGUGACGGCCGAUCUCACUGCUUUGACGGGUCUGAUGAGGUCGGUUGUCCCACUGUUGCCACCAAGACCGCGGCGACGACCACCCCUCUGAAGUGCCGCGUCGGGUCGAAAGCGUGUCGCGACGGUAGUGACUGUGUCCUUUUAAGCCACAUAUGUGACGGAGAGAAGGACUGCAAAGAUGGAUCAGAUGAGGAAGAUUGUGAGCAGUGUCAGCAAGGUCAGUUCCAGUGUGCCAACGGGAGGAAGUGUAUUGACCAGACGCAGGUGUGUGAUGGGACGCCCCAGUGCCAGGACCGCUCUGACGAGCUGGACUGCUGGGUGCCCACCAAGAGCUGUGCGCUGCGCUGCGAUGACAACAGCCGCUGCAUACCACAGGUCUUCAUCUGCAACGGAGUCAGAGACUGCUGGGAUGCCUCAGAUGAGGCUGACUGUGCCAUUCCCACCCCCCCACUCAGGUGUGCCAGCCCACUGGUGCAGUGCGAGGGGAGCAAGAUCUGCAUAGCGUCUACACAGCUCUGCGACGGCAACAGAGACUGCCCUGACGCCUGGGACGAAAAGUCUUGCCUCAGCUACUGUCCAAAGAGAGGUCAGUUCCUGUGUAAGGACAGACGGAAAUGUAUCAUGAGGAAUCAGCUGUGUGACGGCAGGUCGGACUGCUUCGGUGGGUCUGAUGAGGUCGGUUGUCCCACCAUAGUCACCAAGGCCCCAAGCACCACCCCUCUGAAGUGCCGUUUGGGGACUAAAGCCUGUCGAGACGGGAGUGACUGCAUCCUCCACAGCCACGUGUGUGAUGGAGAGAAGGACUGCAGAGAUGGAUCAGACGAAGAGGGAUGUGAUCUUCGCUGCAAACCUGACCAGUUCCAGUGUGCCCAUGGCAGUAUGUGUAUCGACCAGAAGCAGCGCUGUGAUGGCACACCCCAGUGCCAGGACCGCUCUGAUGAACUGGACUGCUUCAAGGCCACCAAGAGCUGCAGCCACCUAUGUGACGAUAAGAGCCGCUGCCUACCAGAGAACUUCCUGUGCGAUGGGGAAAGGGACUGUAAGGAUGGCACUGACGAGGCUGGAUGUGGUUUCCCUACUCCAGCGCCGACCCCGUCCCCCUGCAGGUUCCCGUCAGUGCUGUGUGAGGGCUCGUCUGUCUGCAUCUCCCAGAGCCAGCUGUGCGACGGCUGGAGAGACUGCCCUGAUGGAUCCGAUGAGAAGAGCUGUGUGGACAGAUGUUCUGAUAGAGCACACUUCCUGUGUAAGGACAGGCGCAAAUGCAUCGAGAGGAAUCAGGUUUGUGACGGGCGAUCUCACUGCUUCGACGGCUCUGAUGAGGUCGGUUGUCCCACCGUUGUCACCAAGGCCCCAAGCACCACCCCUCUGAAGUGCCGUUUGGGGACUAAAGCCUGUAGAGAUGGGAGUGACUGCAUCCUCCACAGCCACGUGUGUGAUGGAGAGAAGGACUGCAGAGAUGGAUCAGACGAAGAGGGCUGCGCUGCCCUGACCCCUGCACCAGAGCCGACCUCUACUCCAGCACCGACCCCGUCCCCCUGCAAAUUCCCGUCAGUGCUGUGUGAGGGCUCGUCUGUCUGCAUCUCCCAAAGCCAGCUGUGCGACGGCUGGAGAGACUGCCCAGAUGGGUCUGAUGAGAAGAGCUGUGUGGACAGAUGCUCCGAUAGAGCACACUUCCGAUGUGAGGACAGACGGAAAUGUAUCGAGAGGAAUCGGGUUUGUGACGGCAGGUCCGACUGCCCUGAUGGGUCUGAUGAGGUCGGUUGUCCCACCGUUGUCACCAAGGCCCCAAGCACCACCCCUCUGAAGUGCCGUUUGGGGACUAAAGCCUGUCGAGACGGGAGUGACUGCAUCCUCCACAGCCAUGUGUGUGAUGGAGAGAAGGAUUGCAGAGAUGGAUCAGACGAAGAGGGAUGCGAUCUAACCUGCAGACCAGGUCAGUUUCAGUGUGCCCAUGGGAAGAUGUGCAUAGACCAGAAGCUGGUGUGUGAUGGCACACCUCAGUGUCAGGACCGCUCUGAUGAGCUGGACUGCCAGAAGGCCACCAAGAGCUGCAGCCACAUCUGUGACCAGAGCCGCUGCCUGCCAGAGAACUUCCUGUGUGACGGGGAGAGAGACUGCCAGGAUGGCAGCGACGAAGCAAACUGUCAAUCAAGUGGCCCUGGCUCUGCACCUGCCCUGACCCCUGCACCAGAGCCGACCUCUACUCCAGCGCCGACCGCAGCCCCCUGCAGGUUCCCCUCAGUGCUGUGUGAGGGCUCGUCUGUCUGCAUCUCCCAGAGCCAGCUGUGCGACGGCUGGAGGGACUGCCCUGAUGGGUCUGAUGAGAAGAGCUGUGUGGACAGAUGCUCAGAUAGAGCACACUUCCGAUGUGAGGACAGACGGAAAUGUAUCGAGAGGAAUCGGGUUUGUGACGGCAGGUCCGACUGCCCUGAUGGGUCCGAUGAGGUCGGUUGUCCCACCGUUGUCACCAAGGCCCCAAGCACCACCCCUCUGAAGUGCCGUUUGGGGACUAAAGCCUGUCGAGACGGGAGUGACUGCAUCCUCCACAGCCACGUGUGUGAUGGAGAGAAGGACUGCAGAGAUGGAUCAGAUGAAGAGGGAUGUGAUGCUGCCCUUGCUCCAUCACCCGACCCCCUACUGGCAAGUCAAGAGCCGAGCUGCAGGUUCCCCUCAGUGCUGUGUGAGGGCUCGUCUGUCUGCAUCUCUCAGAGCCAGCUGUGCGACGGCUGGAGAGACUGCCCUGAUGGAUCUGAUGAGAAGAGUUGUGUGGAAAGAUGUUUAGAUCCAGCACACUUCCUGUGUAAGGACAGGCGCAAAUGCAUCGAGAGGAAUCAGGUUUGUGACGGCAGGUCGGACUGCUUUGAUGGCUCUGAUGAGGUCGGUUGUCCCACCGUUGUCACCAAGGCCCCGAGCACCACCCCUCUGAAGUGCCGUUUGGGGACUAAAGCCUGUAGAGAUGGGAGUGACUGCAUCCUCCACAGCCACGUGUGUGAUGGAGAGAAGGAUUGCAGAGAUGGAUCAGAUGAAGAGGGAUGCGAACUGACCUGCAGACCAGACCAGUUCCAGUGUGCCCAUGGCAGUAUGUGUAUCGACCAGAAGCAGCGCUGUGAUGGCACACCCCAGUGCCAGGACCGCUCUGAUGAACUGGACUGCUUCAAGGCCACAAAGAGCUGCAGCCACCUGUGUGACAACAAGACCCACUGCCUGCCAGAAUCAUUCCUGUGCGAUGGGGAGAAGGACUGUCGAGAUGGCAGUGAUGAGGCCAAUUGCAACACGACUACUCCAGCACCGACCCCAGCCCCCUGCAGGUUCCCCUCAGUACUGUGUGAGGGCUCGUCUGUCUGCAUCUCCCAGAGCCAGCUGUGCGACGGCAGGAGAGACUGCCCUGACGGGUCUGAUGAGAAGAGUUGUGUGGACAAGUGCUCUGAUCCAGCCCACUUCCUGUGUGAGGACCGGCGUAAGUGCAUCGAGAGGAACCAGGUGUGUGACGGAAGAGCUCACUGUCCCGACGGCUCGGACGAGAGGAAGUGUCAGGACGUGUGUGAGCGCAGGUGCGACGGCUCCCGCUGUGUGACCAAGCAGCAGAUCUGUGAUGGCGUUCGCCACUGCCAAGACGGAGAGGACGAGAGAAACUGCCCUGGUUUCAAAUCCCUCUGGACCACAGCCGCGCCUCUGAAGUGCCGCCUGGGCUCCAAGCCGUGUGGAGACGGGACGGAGUGUGUCCUCUACAGCCACGUGUGUGAUGGGGAGAAGGAUUGCAGAGAUGGAUCAGACGAGCGAGGCUGCGACCGAGUUUGCAAAGCAGGCCAGUUCCAGUGUGCCCAUGGGAGGAAGUGUAUUGACCAGAAGCUGGUAUGUGAUGGCACACCUCAGUGUCAGGACCGCUCUGACGAGCUGGACUGCUCCAAAGACUCGUUAGGCUGUACCCACCGCUGUGACAACAACAGCCGCUGCCUCCCCGAUGGCUUCCUGUGCGACGGGGAGAAGGACUGUCUGGACGGCUCUGAUGAGGCCAACUGUGUGGUGGAGGCCUGCCUGGGCAGCCAGUUCCUGUGCACCAAUGGCCAGUGUGUGGACCCCACUCUGCGCUGCGACGGCCACGCCGACUGCCGGGACCACUCGGACGAGAAGGGGUGCAACCAGCCCCCCCAGUGCCCCCCCGAGCUCCGCUGCCCCCAGAGCACAGAGUGCCUGCUGCAGGAGUGGCUGUGUGACGGGGACGAGGACUGCAGCGACGGAUCAGACGAGAGGAAUUGUAAAGCAUCGCCUCUGAAGUGUGGGGAGUUCCAGUGGGCGUGCUCCUCUAAGACCCAGUGCGUCCCGCAGGCAUGGAGGUGCGACGGCACCAACGAUUGCCAGGACCGCAGUGAUGAGGCUGGAUGUGGAAAGGUGAAGUGUGCGGCGGGGCUGUUCCUGUGUAUGAGUGGGGAGUGUUUGGACCCCUCAUUGGUCUGUAACGGUGUGACCAACUGCCUGGAUGGUUCCGACGAGGGGCCAGGCUGCACCGCUGCUAACUGCUCCAUUCUGGCUAGUCCUCGCUGUGACCAGCUGUGUGUCAACACUCCUCACGGACCGAGGUGCCUGUGUAAGGCGGGCUUCAAGUUACAGACGGACGGGCAGACCUGUAAGGAUGUGAACGAGUGCCAGGAGGGGAACGCCCCCGCCUGCUCCCACAUCUGCCUCAACUCCCGCGGCUCCUUCCUCUGCCAGUGCCACCCCGGCUACCUGCUGGAGCCCGAUGGCAAGACCUGUAAAACACCAGAUGAACCCAGUCUGUUGGCAUCGGUCCAGUCAGAGCUGGUUCUGCUGGGCCUGCGUAGCGGAGACAAACAGGUUCUGCUGGCGCCGGGUAAGAAGCCCGUCUUCUCAGUGGACUUUGACUGGAAGGAGCAGCGGGCCUACUGGGUCAGUCUGGAGGAGGAGAGCAUCAAAUGGACCGCCACCAGCGACAAGUCUGCAGGCACUCUCGUCAGAGGUGUGAAGUCUGACUCCAUCGCGUUGGACUGGGUGGGAAGGAACCUGUACUGGGUAGACGGGGUGGCAGGACAGAUCCUGGCGGUCAAGCUGGGCCCAUCGGUGGUCAGGCCAGAGCACUACACCUUGGUGCUGCAUGAGGAUCUGGAGCAACCACGCUCCCUGGCUCUUCUACCUCAGAAGGGGUUGAUGUUCUGGUCCAAGAUCGGCUCCAAGCCCUGGAUCGAGCGCUCUGGUAUGGAUGGGUCCGCCAGACGCGUGGUGGUGAGCAGAAGCGGCAGCCGACCUGUCAGCCUAACCAUAGACCUGCUGGAGGAGAGGCUCUACUGGGCCGACGAGCAGAUCAAAUGCAUUGGCUCCGCCUCACUGGAGGGCGAGAACAUCAAGAUUCUUCAGCUUCCUGAAACCCCAAGCCCAUUUUCUGUAGCCGUCUUCGAUAGCAUGGUCUAUUGGUCAGACAGCAAGAGAAGAACCAUUCAGGGAGCCCACAAGGUCACCGGCAAGAACCGCAAAGUCAUCCUCAAGAGACCAAACCAACCCUUCGGGCUGAAGGCCAUCCACCCUCUCCUGCAGCCUGUGACCUCCAACCCCUGUGAGGGUCUGCGCUGCUCCCACAUGUGCCUCCUGGCACCAGGGCUUCAGGCCACGUGUCGAUGCCCAACAGGGCAGCUCCUGGCUGAGGACGGACGGAGCUGCUCUCCCCCGACGGACUCCUCCUCAUCCUUCCUGCUCAUGCUGUCUUCAAACACUGUCACUCAGGUGUACCUGCGUGGCCUGCAAGGCUCCAAGGGCCUAAAGAACUGGCCAGAGCACCGUGCCCUCCCCUUGCCCGGUCUAACUGAGGCCAUUGUAGUGGACAUGUCCAUGCAGGAGCGUCUUCUCUACCUGGUAGACGCCGCCCUGGCCUCCGUCACCACAAUGAGACUGGGCAGCUCCGCCGCACUGACCCAGAACAGUCACCUGCUCCGCAACGAGGUGGUGAUCGCCCUGGCCGUGGACUGGGUCACCCAGAACCUCUACUGGAGCUGCCGGGACCACAACGUCGUGCACGUGACCUCCGCGGACGGGCGGUACUCCACCACGCUCCUGAUGGAGGACAUCGGAGCCACCAUCUCCAUCGCUCUUCACCCACCCACAGGGAGGAUGUGCUUCACGGCCACGGGCAGAGCAGGGGGCCAGGGCAAGGCUGCUCCACAGGUGGACUGUGCCUUCAUGGACGGAUUGAACCGAACGGUUAUGUGGAGGAGCGCGAUCCUUCCCGCCUCUCUGUCCUUCUCCAGCAACGGCAGGCGUAUCUACUGGGCUGACCUUGGUAAUGGCGUGAUCGGCUCCAUUGGCCUUGAUGGCUCCAACUACAGGGAGUUUAAAACGGGACCAGAGCCCAUCAUUUCCUUUACACAGAGCAACAACGUUCUCCUCUGGGUCACCCUUGACAAAGGCAUGACUAAAAUGUGGUACAGUGAUGGCGCCCAACCCAGACAGCUGUGGUUCGAGGUGAGGACCAAUGUAGUCGACAUGAAGGCUUACAGCAGGUCCAGUCAGCAAGGUGGGAACGCCUGCUCAGUUAGGAACGGAGGCUGUGUUCACCUGUGCUUGGCGAACCCGACAGGGCGUACCUGCAUGUGUUCCGAGGAUCACCUGUCUGUGAACGGCUCCCAGUGUGUGCACCAGCUGUACUGCCCAUCGGGCAGCAAGUCAUGCUGGGACGGAACGUGUAUUGCCAGCCUCAAGUUCUGCGACCGAGUGGCCGACUGUCCGGAUGGCUCAGAUGAAGAAAACUGCCGUCAUGACAAGCCAGCCCUGCAGCCCAAAUCAUCCAAGGGCCAGCCCAAGGUCCCAGUGGGCCUGCUGACCCCCUCGCUCCCCAUGGAGGGCCAGAAGAUGGAGAUGGGCUCCUGUGAAGAGCGGCACUGCAGCGGGCAUGGGCUGUGUGUGAGCGGUGGCGGUGGUGGUGCGGGUAAGGCGGUGGUGUGCCAGUGUUCCGAGAGCUACAGCGGGGACCGAUGCCAGGACGGAGGCUCCAGCCAUGUGGGACUGGUCCUCAGCCUGCUGCUCAUCGUCGGGUGUCUGGUGGUGGCCGCCUUUGUCAUCAAGAGGAGGUGA